UUAUUCUACUUCAGAACAGUGCUAACAGUAACGUUAUAAUGGCUAUCAGUCAGCUGGACGCGGUAGAUGUAACUCAGUGCCAGGCUCCCUACCUAUAGCCAGUUACAUCGUGACCUGCAGUAAAAUGGCCGCCGAGGCUUCCACGCGUUAGCGCCGUUGCCAUGGAGCCUAGUGCGCCCGUCCGGAAGUGACGUAGGUAAACAAUUCCCAGCUGUCGCCGUGGCAGCCGGAGUUCGCGAUACACAGCAGGAGCUGAGCAGCUGUAUGAUCCGGUAACCGCCUUGUACCUGCCUUGCUCUGUACAGCUAGCUCGCUCUCUCCCCCCCUCCCUCUCUCUCUCUCUCUCCCCCUUCUAUCUCUCCCCCCCUCUAUCUCUCCACCACUCCUCCUGCCACCUUCUAUCUCUCCCCUUCUAUCUCCCCCCCUCUAUCUCCCCGUCUCUCUCUCUAUCUCUUCCCCCUCUCUCUCCUACCCCGUCUCUCUCCUCUCUCCCCCCUCUCUCCUCCCCCCCCUCUUUCUUCCCCCCCUCUCUCUUCCCCCCCUCUCUCUCUCCUCCUCUCCCCUCUCUCCUCUCCCCCCUCUCUCUUUCUCCCCCCUCUCUCUUUCUCCCCCCCCCUCUCUCUUUCUCCCCCCCUCCUCCCUCCCCCUCUUUCUAUCCCCCCUCUCUCUCCCCUCUCUCUCUCCCCCCCUCUCUCUCUCCCCCCCUCUCUCUCUUCCCCCCUCUCUCUCCCCCCUCUCUCUCUCCCCCCUCUCUCCUCUCUUUCUCCCCCCCCUCUCUCUUUCUCCCCGUCUCUCUCUCUCUCUCUCUCUCUCUCUCUCUCUCUUUCCCUCCCUUCCCCUCUCUCUCAUUCCCUCCCCCUCUCUCUCUCUUUCCCCCUCUCUUUAUUUCUCCCUCUCUUUCAUUCCCCCCUCUCUCUCUCACUCCCUCCCUCUCUCCAUCCCCCUCCCUCUCUUUACUCCUCUCUUUAUCUCUCUUUCUUCCCCCUCUGCCUCCCUCUCUCCCUCUCUCUCUUCCCCUCUCUCUCUCACUCUCUUUCCCCCUCUCUCCCUUCCUCCCUCUCCCUCCCUCUCUUCUCCUCUUUCUCACUGCCUCCCUCUCCCUCUCUUCUUCUUUCUCUCUUUCUUUUCUUUCUCUCUUUCCUCCCCCCUCUCGCUCCCUCCCUCCCUCUCUUUCUCUCUCUCUCUCUCUCUCCCUCUCUCUCUCCCUCCCUCCCUCUCUUUCUCCCCGUCUCUCUCUCUCUCUCCUCUCUUUCCCCCCUCUCUCUUUCCCCCCUCUCUCUCUUCCUCUCUCUUACCCCCUCUCCCUCUCUCUCUCCCCUCUCUCUCUCUCUCCCAGCUCUCCCUCCCUCCCUGGCUUUAGAUAGCGGGUCUCAGGGUACUUUAGGGCGUCCCAUAAAUGUAAAGCAGGCUCAGAUGUCACUAAUCUGUAUUUGCUUAUCUGGUCUGGCCCUAGAUCAGGCCAGCAGCUAAUAUCUGGGGCCCCACUGGAUUGUUAUGGGUCACAGUUGUUAUGGUUUUUAACCAUAUGGUUGCCAUACACACACACGUUGUGUAACAAAGAAUUAAGUGGUUUCCCCACAGUAUCUGUGAUUCAUGUGCUCUCACUGGGAAAUCAGUUAAGGACCUGUCACUUAUGUGUAUUUCAUAAAAAAUAUAAUCUGUAAGAAAUAUUCGCGCUGACUGCGUUUUAAAUUUAUGAAAUUUUCCAACGGAAUCCAAUGAUACUGUAAGAGGAAGCAGGGACUAUUUUAUCUUGUGGUGAAAUCUGAGGUUGAACAAAAAGUAGAGCUCUGCUCGCUGUCAACUUUUGUCCAAUCACAGCAGCAGUCAUAAGUGACAGCUGGGAUUCAGGCAUCAUCCUGUUUAUCAUGAGAUGUGUUCUAUAGAGAGUCUCGCGCAAUCUAAUCUAAUGAGUGUAAAUUGUUUGGGGGCAUACAUACAAGAAUAAGAGUCUCCGUGCAUCUCAGCAGCUAAAUAUGCAGAGCUUAUGGGAAGAUGGUUGGUCAUUACCCCACUGUGCCUCUUAUAAAUGAUUAAAUUAGAUGAGUUCACUGCUUGUAUUUAAUAUGUUUCAAGUAUAUUUACUACAAUAAGAAAUGUCAUUUGGAAAUAAUACAACAUACACGUUAGUGGUUUAAUAUGUGAUUUUAAUUUUUUUUUUUUUAAAUUCACCAACCCCACAGUCAUACAGUUUUCCAGCUGGGAUUUCAAUUUACAACAAUGCGCUGUUUAAAGGACCAUUCUAGACACAAAAACUGCUUCAUACCUUUUCACACAGCUUUAUGAAUGGAGAGCUAGUGCUAGGAUCACAGUGUCAACUAAAGCUCUCAGCCAAUCAACGGCGCCCAGUCCGAGGCUUCCUGAUUAAAGCCUCAGCUCAUUGCCAGAAGGAGCUGGGCAGAGUGGAUGGGUGCUGUGUACACAUAUUUCUAUUCGUAAACGGUGUCUGGGAUCACCUGGCACCGUAACAACUUAAUUGAGAAGAAGCUGUUUUGGUAUUUGUGGUGUCCCUUAUUUACAAUGCACUAUUGUCUUCAGUGUAAACAGGAUGCGGACAUUAAAUCUGUAGCCCCUCUAUAUAUGCUGUGACCGUUUUGAGACAAUUUUACCUAUAUGGUGAUUUGUCAAUGAACUUACUCUACAUUUCAUUGAACUGGUUUUUCCUCAAGUCUAGUAUAAAGUCCCACAUGGAGGUAUACAGUAAGGCAAUCAAAUAUCACAUCUCAGUUUUUCCUGGCAAUUGUUGUUUGUCAAGUUCUGCAUUUUUUUUUCUUUUCAUUGUGUAUUUUACAGUUCUGAACUGGAAACUGGGAUUAGUUUCUAACUCAUAAUUGUAUGCAACAUAUACAGCAACUACUUACUUCUCUUCCAUAGAAAUGGCCAGAGACUCGCUUUCAGAAGCCGGGCUGCACUUUGAUGAGCUGAACAAGCUAAGAGUCUUAGAUCCUGAGGUUUCUCAGCAAACAACAGAACUAAAAGAAGAAUGCAAAGACUUUGUAGACAGUAAGUCAGUGUUUGAUUUACUCAGAUGCAAAAAGAUAAAACAUACUUGGAAAAACAGCUCUAUGUUAUGCUUACAAGGCAUAGGUAAGGGUGCAACUAUCAUUUCCUCUGGGGAAUGUACUAGAUACUUAGGAUCAUUACUACCUUGGUCUUUUGAUUGAUUACCUGCUACUUUGAGAAAACAUGAACACUCUAGCAGAAAGUUUUUAUCCUUAAGGACUAGGAGUGAUGCUGAUUUCUAAAUAUAUAGCAAUGAAUUCAUAACACACAUCUCCAUGUUUCAAUACAUAAUCCCCAAUGUUUUUUGUUCAGAAUGUUUGUCUUUACAUUGUUUGCACAAGGAAUUGGUCUUAAAUUAUUUACAAGAAUAAUUUCCAGCAUCAUAGCUUCAAUAAGCCCUUUUUAUGUGUCAAAAGAAACAUGUGGCUUUGUGAAACAAUUGUCCUAUCUUCUCAUGCCCUCUUUACCUUGUUUAUAUACCUAUGAUGCAGCACUGCAGCUAAUGCUGUAACUAGAUCAUUCAUUUGGGUUUCCCUCCACCUCCAGCAGUCCUCUUACAUGUUAUUUGUUAAUGCUAGCCUUUCUCCCUGCAAAAAUGAUACUGAUGGUUUUGUGAAUUUUUUUAACACACCAUGUCUCCUCUUUUCACAUCUUUCUGAUUGGAACUACUCAGGGUACUUACUCACUGUCAUCAUAUUAUUUACCCCUUUACACUUAGCUUGGUUUUGAAAUACUAUACAGAUAAUAGUGGGAUAGUUACGGUAUUUGCUGUGAGAUGGAGUCAAAAACUCACACAUGCCUUAGUUUUCUUCAGAAUGUCUUUGUAACAGAGCUCCUGUACUUUGAUUGUGUACCUUCAUUAGGUUAACUUCCUCGUUGUUACCAGGAGUCUCUGGAGUGCUUCAGAUCCAGUCGCUGAAGCUGGACUUGGGGGUCUUUGGAUAUCUCUUUCCUGGAUAGUGUUUAUAGCUCUCUGCAGUGGACAUAGCUCCCUGCAAUGGUUAUAGCUCUGGAGGCCAUCUCUCCUGUAAAGUAGUGAUUAUAGCUUUCCCCCUAUCCAUUAGUUCAGACUAAAUAAUUCUUUAAUACACACAACGCAGGUAUAAAGUCCCUCCUUGGCGCCACUCUGUCUGGGGUCUUCUUUACAGUUUCCUCAGCUUACAAGAUAGACUCCCUGCUGUGCCCUCCCUCACAAACCUUGAAGCAAGAUGUACAAAAUGUCCCCCAGAACCCUCUUUCCUUGAUGGCACCUCUACAGCAUAUUACAUAGUUACAUAGCUGAAAAGAGACUUGCGUCCAUCGAGUUCAGCCUUCCUCACAUAUGUUUUUGCUGUUGAUCCAAAAGAAGGCAAAAAACCUAGUCUGAAGCGCUUCCAAUUUUGGAACAAACUAGGAAAAAAUUCCUUCUUGACCCCAAAAUAGCAGUCAGAUGUCUCCUUGGAUCAAGCAGCUAUUACCCCACUAAUUAGAAAUGAUAUCCCUCUGACAAAACCACCUCUUCAGGCAGAGAAUUCCAUAUCCUUAUUGCUCUUACUGUAAAAAAACCCUUUUUCUUUGCCUUAGAUUAAAUCUCCUUUCUUCCAGCCUAAAUGUGUCACCUUUUGUCCUAUGUUUAGCCCUGUUAAUGAAUAGAUUUCCAGAUAAAGGUUUGUACUGGCCCCGCAUAUAUUUGUAUAAUGUUAUCAUAUCCCCUCUCAUGCACGGUUUUUCCAAACUAAACAGAUUUACAUUUUUUAACCUUUUUUCGUAACUAAAAUGCUCCAUUCCUUUUAUCAAUUUUGUAGCUCGUCUCUGCACUUUUUCUAGUGCCAUGAUAUCUUUUUCUUUAGAAUAGGUGCCCAAAAUUGCACAGCAUAUUCAAGGUGUGGUCUUACCAGCGAUUUUAUAAAGAGGCAAAAUUAUAUUUUCAUUUUAAGAAUUUUUUUAUUUUUUUUAUAUUUAUCUUUUUAUUGUUUUGUACGUUUGACAUAGGUAAACAUAAGCUUUGGUACAGCGAGAUUACAUUGAGAUUACAGUUUCGGUAUUUCACUAUUUUAAACAGUACUAAAAUAUCACAUAAUGGAAGGUACAUUUUGUAGUAGAGUAAUCUCCAAAAAAUAGUGGUAGAUAAGACAUCUGAGAAAGGAUAACAUAACAAGCAAAAUCAUUUAAAGAAUUUAUGCCCCUAUUUAUACAUGACAAAACCUUACUGGCCUUAGCAACUGCAGAUGGACAUUGAAUAUUGCUAUUUAAUUUGUUGUCUAUAACAAUUCCGAAAUCCUUCUCAUGUGUGGUUAUCCCUAAUUCACUACCAUAUGUUCCUGAAUAGAUGGUCUCUGGGCACCCUCACUGUCCAAAUAGCUCUCUGACCAGAGAAUCUGUGCCCCACUUGUUAAAGUUUUACUGGGUCACAGCCAUUCUCCGAUCCAGCGCAGAGUUCCAGGCUUGCAGCUAGUUAGUCCACCUUCCAUAAAAGCGGAUUCUGUGGAAAGGGAGUGUGUAGCGGAGGCCUGAUAUUCCACAGGUUAACUCCACUAAAGAUCCCAGUGAGGCUCAGGAACAAGUGAUGAAAAAUCCCAUCAAGUAAUAAUUCCAGCAAACAAGGUAAUCCAUGAAUAUCCCCAUACAGAUCUCAAUGACUGGACGACACACAGCAUCAGGAGCUGAACUAACUUUUAUUCCACACAACCUCCUUUUAAAGCAUUCUCCCAUGCAAGGGAGGGAUUCACAUUAAUCAGUGCAGUAUCCAAUGGUGUAACAGUUACCUCCCACACAUCUCCUCCCUUAAGGGUGACACUUAAUCCCAUUACACAGGCUGUAGUUUUCCCCAAGUUUUGGAUGUACCCAAUACUAUGGGUACCCCCUGGUAGCCCUGAUCUUGGUGACUAACAUAUCCAAAAUUCACCCAGAUCGGACCAGGGGUUCGGGAGUUAGGUGGAGGGUGUAAUUUGACCGACCGCACACGAGGUGGUAUCCGAAAAGGGUUCCAUGUGUUUUGGCCCUGCGGUCGGUCUCCAUUCGGGAGGUGAAAUACACACAAAAACUGCUAUCCACGAUUAAUAUCACAUUCGUAUACAUCCCCUCGUUCGGUACGUUAAACUUACCGAACGGGGGCCUGAUUAGUCUUCCCGUUCGGGAGUUACGGAGCUCUGGAAGUUUCAGCGGUAUUCAGUAAUUGAGUGUCCGAUUUGAGUUCCAGACACUCGACGACCAAACACCGCUGAGCCUUUCGUGCGUAAGAUGGCCACCCAGAUACAUACAUAAAGUACCUAUUAACCUGCGGUUAUAGAGAAGUGCGAAGCUUAAUGAGGGACACACUUCACUCUGGGGUGGUCUAUUGGUUCUGUAGUUUCCAUUCGUAUGGAAUACGGAUGGAAACUACCGAACAAUCACACAAAUCUUACUUCCAAUUUAACUAAACAGAAGAAAUAACACACAAAUUGCAGUAUCAUCAUAGUCUUUAGGGACAGCCAUAGUACCAUCCGCUAGAGAGUGCUCCCAACUCCUUGGUAUCCUCUGAUGCCUCAUUGCCUAUUGGUCUGUGGACCGACCAAUACCUAUUCAAAGGUUCACUGGAUCACGGCACAGCUCUGUUCCAUUGAACAGUUCCACAGCAUUUCAGGGUAUGUCCCGGCCCCCAGUUCCGACUGGGAGGCAGAAUAAGCAUAUAGGUGGUCUCUAUACUCUCUUCCCAUAGUGACAAUGGCCCUUUUUUAUUUUGUUCAUGUUGGAAUGGGUUUUCAUGACAGUCUUUCUGCAUACCUUCCAAUCAGAAUGACAUUUGGAAAUGGAGGCAUGAUUAAUGGAUUAGGUUAGUCUGCAGAAAACAGCAAAAGGUUUUUUUUGUUAUUUAGGGAUACUAGAGAGAUUCAAGCAGGGAGAAAACCAAGCAUGAAUAUGAUGACAAAACCCUAUCAAAUGCACUUAAGUUGUGCUUUUAAUGUCCUUUGAAGUAACAUUUAACAUCUUGUCACUUGACAUCUGGUCUCAUACUGUACAUCGGAGGAUGUGUAAUCUACAUGUGGGUUUUGGUGUUUCAAGGAGAUAGAAUGUUUGUGAUCUUUUUAUUUGCUUGAACUGCUGCUAGCAGUGUUUGUCAACCUAGUAAACAGACCUGUAAAUAUCUCAGGAGAAUAAAAUCAAUAUUUCCACAUUAGCAGAGCUAUAAUAAGAAUGGAAUGCACAUAGAACAUAAAUGUAUAUCAUUAUUGCUAUAUCUCCAAUAAUACACAGGGUACUCCAGGCAAUGAACAAUAUUAUACGCUUAAUAGAGAAACAGACUGUGGGAAUUUAAUCACUAUGUGGGGAGUAAAUCACAUUUCCUUUUAUACAAAAUAUGAAAAGUGUAGCACAUAGUUAAACCAUUUAUUUUCCAUGUGACACCUUUCUGACACUAAUGCUAUAGUGUCAUAGUCACCAUUUAGGUGACCGCCUCCCCACUGCCAGGUGAUUUUACUUACCUAUUAUAGUUUUUUUUUAGCUAAAGAGAUAAAACUGGAGGGACAUAGCACAAAGAACACUUCAUUGACUUGAACUAUAGAGUCCUUUUAAAUUUUAUUGUAAUUUUACAUGUGUUCAUUUUAAUGCACUAAUAGCAAUGUUAUAGCAUUGUACAGAAUGCUACGCAUGUGCAAACGUUUUUUUUUUUAUACUACUACAAAACGUUUGAAAAAGCUCCCCAGUAAGUAACUUUUACCAUAGAACCAUAUAGACCGAUAUCUAUCUUAACCAGUGGUUAGACUUCAUAUUUGAGCUGAGAUUCUUACACACGAUUUCACUUUCUUUCAGAAAUAGGUCAGUUUCAGAAUAUAGUGGGUGGAUUAAUCGAUCUUGUCGACCAGCUGGCUAAAGAAACAGAGAAUGAAAAAAUGAAGGUAAGCAUUACCAACACUUUUCAUAAGGCUAGGACUAUAGAUAUAAGAACUAUUUAGUUGGCAGUGAGUUGCAUGGCAUUCUCUGGUAAAUUGCAAGAUAUAGUCUAAAGUAGCCAAGUUUGAAAAUAGUUUCCAUUCGACCAAGAUUUUUCUUUUCUUUUUUUUUUUCUCUUGCUCACCUGUUUGGUCAGUUACCACAUUUAAAAUUCUGAUAGUUAAAUGGACACUCCAGGCACCCAGACCACUUCUGCCCGUUGGAGUGGUCUGGGUGCCAACUCCCACUACCCUUAACCCUGCAACUGUAAUAUUGCAGUUUUCAUAAACUGCAAUAUUUACAUUGCAGGGUUAACUCCUCCUCUAGUGGGUGUCUACUAGAUAGCCACUAGAGGGCACUUCCUGGUUUAUAGCACAGAUUUUGAGCUAUAGCAAUGCUGGACGUCCUCACGCUAUGUGAGGACCUCCAGCGUCGCUGUAAUCCCCAUAGGAAAGCAUUGAAAGCAUAGGUCUCCCCCGCCGGAUGAUGUCGGCAGGGGAGGAGCGUAGGCUGACCCUGAACCAGCGCCGAGGGAUAUGUGUAUAUGUAUGUAUGUAUGUAUGUAUGUGUGUGUAUGUAUAUGUGUGUAUAUAUAUAUUUAUAUAUAUAUAUAUAUAUAUAUAUAUAUAUUGUGUGUGUGUGUGUAUAUUCUAAAAUAUAAAUAAUAAGUAAAUAAAAUGUAAAAAUAAUUUAAAACAUUUUUUUACAUAUAUAAACAAACUCGUUUUCCUGGCACUAUAGUGCCCUGAGGGUGCCCCCACCCUCAGGGUCCCCCUCCUGCCGGCCUCUAGGGGAAGGAAGGGGGUUAAACACUCACCUUUCUCCAGCGCUGGGCUCCCUCGGCGUUGGGGACUCUCCUGCCGACGUCAUUGGCUGAAUGCGCAUGCGCGGCAAGAGCGUGCAUUCAGCCAGUCCAUAGGAAAGCAUUCUCAAUGCUUUCCUAUGGAUGCUGACGUCUUCUCACUGUGAAAAUCACAGUGAGAAGCGUGGAAGCGCCUCUAGCUGCUGUCAGUGAGACCGCCACUAGAGGCUGGAUUAACCCUAAAGUAAACAUAGCAGUUUCUCUGAAACUGCUAUGUUUAUAGUAGGCAGGGUUAAUCCUAGUUGGACCUGGCACCCAGACCACUUCAUUGAGCUGAAGUGGUCUGGGUGCCUAUAGUGGUCCUUUAAUGCUUCAGCAGUUUGAUAUAUUUAUUAGGUUGAUUAAGUUUAACCUUCUAUUUUAAUAGCCAGUGUUUUAAAUGUUAUUUACUUAAUGCUUCGCUUUAUAUAUUUUUAUGUGAUGGCAAAUAUUAGGCCAAAAUAGCCAAAUUAAAGAUUUUUUUUUCCUCCAGUUUUUCGUAGUUUGGCUAUUUUGAUCAAUAAUUUACUGGUCCCCUUAUCAAUUCCUGACAUGUAUAAAAUAGAUUUUCUAGAUAUAUAUGAUAAUUUGUAUAUUUUUUUUUUCUUUUUUUAUUAGGCCAUUGGUGCCCGCAAUUUACUGAGAUCGAUAGCAAAACAGAGGGAAGCCCAGCAACAGCAGCUCUAUGCUUUAAUAGCAGAAAAGAAGAUGCAACUGGAAAGGUAUGUUAAUAAAUUUACUAAAUAUACACUAUAGUCACUAGAACCACUCUAACGUACUGUCCCUGCAGGCCUUUUAAUGUAAACACUUAAUUUUCAGAGAUAAUCAGUGUGAGACAUCAGCUGCCAAGUAGUGGUUAGCUUCCAUAGAAAAUAAUGGCAUCUGUCUUUCAGGAGCAGCAGCUAGUAACUCCCUGUCGGUAUGUGAAAGUUUGCAAUUGGGAAACAGAUGCUUCUUGCUAACAGUAGCAACAGGCACCGCAUCAACAUAGACAAACCCUCUGUUUAAAUGCUGCGCAUAUUUAUUAAUUGUUUUAUGUUCCAUUUCCCUCAGAUAUCGAAUAGAAUAUGACGCUCUGUGUAAAGUGGAAGCCGAGCAAAAUGAAUUCAUUGACAAAUUCAUUCUUCAGAAAUAACGUUGGCAUCGACAAUUCCAUAGCUGACUGAUUUUAUAUGGUGUUUGUUUCUUUCUUUUUAAACAUUUCAUUCCAUUUUCAACUGGCUCUUACAGCAGACAUUUAUAUUGUCCACUAAAGCCACAUUUUGUGCGGUUUAACCCCUUAAGGACCAAACUUCUGGAAUAAAAGGGAAUCAUGACAUGUCACACAUGUCAUGUGUCCUUAAGGGGUUAAACAGAGCUAGUUUAGAUUGUGACAUAUUUUUCAGCUUGAUUGUACAAAUCCCCUUGGGCUGGAACCAAAUCUAAUUGUGUACAGUCAUUUUUACAAUGCCAGCCUUAAUAACCCACCUACGUAAGUGCAGGUGGCCUUGCUGAUUCUUUUUCUUUUUUUCAUGUAAAUGUAAAUCGUUUUCACUUAAAUAAUAUUUUUUUGCUUUCUUCCUUUUUUUCUUCAAAUUUUCUGUUAAAUUUUUAACAGAUACAAAAAAAAGAAUUGAUUUAAUUUAUAAAACAUUUGGAUAUAUCUUGUGUGCAUGUGUGUAUAUAUAGAUAGAUUUAUCUAUCUAUCUAUC